CGGAUGUUUUUCUUCAUGCAUACUAAGUUGUUUAUAUGUCUUAGAGACACUCGUUAGAGGAUGUGUGAUGUCAGAAUAAUUAACUGAGUUAUUUUAGCGUUGAUAUGAAAUUUGUGGAGCGUGUUAGCUGAAUUUUGAAAUGAAUGAGCGGGAACAUUUUUAAUCCAAAUCAUUGUUGUGGAGUUUGAGGACUCUGCAGCCACUAAACAAGCAUGAACAGGGAAAAGUCUAAAUAUUUAAUAUAAAUCUUAAUAUCUUAAUAUAAACCAUUGCUUGUGCUUGUAUCCUGCAAGAUGCUCCGAGAGUCGUAUCCCUUCGUGGAGGACAGUUUCAGCCGCUUCCCGUCGCAGAGCAACAUUUACGGGCUGUGUCAGGCCGGGGAGCAGGAGCUGUUAGCGGCCACUCUCAAAGGGAAGGUGGUGUGUUUCAGAUACCAGGAGCUGCAGCAGAAGAUCCGACCGGUGGCCAAGGAGGUUCAGUUCACUUACAUCCCAGUUGAUGCAGAGAUCGUAUCAAUCGAUGCUUUCAUCAAGUCUCCACCCAAGAGAGGUCUGGUGGUGGGCAUCACCUUCAUUAAGGACUCUGGGGACAAAGCCACUCCAUUCCUAAAUAUCUACUGUGACUAUGAACCUGGCUCAGAGUUCAACCUGGAGUCUAUUGCACAGAGCUGCCUGAAUCUGGAGCUGCAGUUCACGCCCUUCCAGCUUUACCACACAGAAGUGCAGUGUGCUGAAGGAGGGAGUGAGACGGUGUUUCUGCUAAGCGGUCAUGACCAGAGGAUCCACCUUUACAAGGAGAACGCCUCCUUGCAUCAGUUUGAAGAGCAGCCAGUGGAGAGACUCUUCCCCGAACUACAGCAGCUUCCCAGCAAUGUGUUAUGGAUGGAUAUACUGAGCAUAGCUGGAGGCCGGCGGCUCUCAGUGUUUGGCUGUCAGAAUGGCUGUGUUGGACUAGCUGUGGUCAGCCAGACUGAGCUAGAGGUUUUGCAGAGCUGGCGGGUCCAGUUUGAUAGUCCAAUCUCUACCGUGCUGCUGUUCCCUCUGAGCUUCCAAACAGAGGCCGGUGUGGAAAUGGAAAGCUAUAACCUACUAGUGACCAGUACCAUAGAGAUGGCAGUUGUGUACAGAGAUGUCCAAAAGCACGGUUUGUCCCAGUCCACAUGCCUCUUGGAAAGUGACCAGUGGGAUGCAGUAGUUUGUGCUCUGGUCAUCGAUCUGGAUUUUGAUGGGCAGAAGGAGGUGCUGUUGGGCACAUAUGGACAGGAAUUACUGUGUUAUAAAUUCCAGCCCAUGGGAAGUGGACAAAAUGGACAGUUUCAGCUGCAGUGGAGACGGAGCUUCAAGAGUCCUUUGCUGUCACUCAUAUACUUGGAUUUAACUGCAGAUGGUUUGCAAGAGCUGGCUGUUCUCACACUGAAGGGACUGCACAUCUUACAGCACAGUCUCACCAGCACUGCUGAUUUGGUCCUUGAGCGGCUCACACAGAGGGUGUCAGCGCUAAUGGCCAGCUCUGAGGUGGAGUCAGCGAGAGCACAACACACUGAAGACAAUGAGGCUCCGGCUCAGAAACUGGAGUGUACAUUGCAGACACCCUUAGAUUAACAAAUGUAUUGCAUUUUUCUCCCCACGUGUAAAUCUCAGUGGUUCAGAAUGAAAUGUCUUAAAGGUGCAACGUGAAGAUUUUUCUCAGGGGUUCAUCUUCCUGGAGGCUGAUGAGAGACACUGGUUUCGAAAGUCAUACGUAACUGCUCGGUUCUGCUUCAUGGUAUAGUUGUAAAAAAGGCUGAAUUCUGACAUGAUGACAGUGUACAGUUAUUUACAGGUAAUAAAUGACAUAUUUAUAUCCUG